CUUUGGCUGCUGACACAGAAUACUGUUGGUCAGUGAGUGUGGCAUUGCAAAUCUCCAUUUCUAAAUUUACUAUUAUAGGGAAGGAAAUGAUGUGCAAGGGCACUAAUUGCCUAAUCGUUAACUGAAAGUCUUGUAAAUGCAUUGUUUUUCAUGAAAAGAUGGUGCUCUGGGGAUACUGUAUUAGUCAAACAUGCCGGUUUGGGAUCUUUAUUGGCCUGCUUGCCCUUGGCUAUGAGCUGUCAUCUGAGACAGGAGUGAAAGCCUGGACAUACCAUUACAGUAUAAACCCCAAUAGGAACUGGGAUUCUGCAAGGGAUUGGUGUCGUCAGCACUACACAGAUAUGGUAGCCAUACAGAACCAGAGAGAAAUCGCAUACCUCAAUGAGAUCCUGCCCAAGAACAAAUAUUACUACUGGAUCGGCAUCAGGAAAGUUAGUGGUGUCUGGACAUGGGUUGGAACCAACAAGACCCUGACCGAAGAAGCUAAGAAUUGGGCCAAGGGGGAGCCCAAUAACAGAGGAAAGAAAAACCAAGAGGACUGUGUAGAGAUUUACAUAAAGAGAGAUCAGGAGGCAGGAAAGUGGAAUGAUCAAAGCUGCAGGAAUGAAAAGGGGGCCCUGUGUUAUCACGCUUCCUGCAGAGAAGAGUCCUGCAGCACCCAGGCAGAAUGUGUGGAGACCAUUGGAAACUACACCUGCAAAUGUUACCCUGGCUUCCAGGGACUGCGCUGCGAGGAAGCUGUAGCGUGUGGCGUCCUGAAGGCUCCGGAACAUGGCUCGCUGCAGUGCUCCCAUACGUACGGUUCCUUCCGGUUCAACUCCUCCUGCGCAUUUCGCUGCGCCCAGGGGUUCUUGCUCGUGGGGGAACCGCGUCUGCUGUGCCAGGCUUCCAGCCGUUGGGACGCCGAUCCUCCCUCAUGCAAGGCUCAACAGUGUGAAGUUCUAACUGCUCCCCUCCACGGCUCCCUGCACUGCUCCCACCCACAUGAGGAGUUCAGCUUCAACUCCAGCUGUAAUGUGCGCUGUGAGGAGGGGUUCCUGCUCAACGGUACAGCCUCCAUUCAGUGCACCUCCUUGGGAGUAUGGACGGAGCCUCCUCCACUCUGUCAGGCUAAACAGUGUGAUGUUCUAACUGCUCCCCUCCACGGCUCCCUGCACUGCUCCCACCCACAUGAGGAGUUCAGCUUCAACUCCAGCUGUAACGUGAGCUGUGAGGAGGGGUUCCUGCUCAACGGUACAGCCUCCAUUCAGUGCACCUCCUUGGGAGUAUGGACGGAGCCUCCUACACUCUGUCAGGCUCAACAGUGUGAUGUUCUGACUGCUCCCCUCCACGGCUCCCUGCACUGCUACCACCCACAUGUAGAAUUCAGCUUCAAUUCCAGCUGUAACGUGAGCUGUGAGGAGGGGUUCCUGCUCAACGGUACAGCCUCCAUUCAGUGCACCUCCUUGGGAGUAUGGACUGAGCCUCCUCCACUCUGUCAGGCUCAACAGUGUGACGUGCUAACUGCUCCCCUCUACGGUUCCCUGCACUGCUCCCACCCACAUGAGGAGUUCAGCUUCAACUCCAGCUGUAACGUGCGCUGUGAGGAGGGGUUCCUGCUCAACGGUACAGCCUCCAUUCAGUGCACCUCCUUGGGAGUGUGGACUGAGCCUUCUCCACUCUGUCAGGCUCGGCAGUGUCUCCCCCUGGUGGCUCCAGGCAGAGGGCAGAUGAACUGCUCUCACCCUCACUCCCUCUUCAGCUUUGGCUCCAGCUGUGAGCUGGGCUGUGAGGAGGGCUUUGUGCUGAGAGGAGCUCCCACUCUACAGUGCACUGAGUCCGGGUUCUGGAGCCACACUGCCCCCUCCUGCCAAGCUCAACGGUGCAACGUGCUAACUGCUCCCCUCCACGGUUCCCUGCACUGCUCCCACCCACACGAGGAGUUCAGCUUCAACUCCAGCUGUAACGUGCGCUGUGAGGAGGGGUUCCUGCUCAACGGUACAGCCUCCAUUCAGUGCACCUCCGCGGGAGUGUGGACUGAGCCUUCUCCGCUCUGUCAGGCUCGGCAGUGUCUCCCCCUGGUGGCUCCAGGCAGAGGGCAGAUGAACUGCUCUCACCCUCACUCCCUCUUCAGCUUUGGCUCCAGCUGUGAGCUGGGCUGUGAGGAGGGCUUUGUGCUGAGAGGAGCUCCCACUCUACAGUGCACUGAGUCCGGGCUCUGGAGCCACACUGCCCCCUCCUGCCAAGCUCAACAGUGUGAUGUUCUAACUGCUCCCCUCCACGGCUCCCUUCACUGCUACCACCCACAUGAGGAGUUCAGCUUCAACUCCAGCUGUAACGUGAGCUGUGAGGAGGGGUUCCUGCUCAACGGGACAGCCUCCAUUCAGUGCACCUCCUUGGGAGUAUGGACUGAGCUUCCUCCGCUCUGUCAGGCUCAACAGUGUGAAGUUCUAACUGCUCCCCUCCACGGCUCCCUGCACUGCUCCCACCCACAUGAGGAGUUCAGCUUCAACUCCAGCUGUAACGUGAGCUGUGAGGAGGGGUUCCUGCUCAACGGGACAGCCUCCAUUCAGUGCACCUCCUUGGGAGUAUGGACUGAGCCUCCUCCACUCUGUCAGGCUCGGCAGUGUCUCCCCCUGGUGGCUCCAGGCAGAGGGCAGAUGAACUGCUCUCACCCUCACUCCCUCUUCAGCUUUGGCUCCAGCUGUGAGCUGGGCUGUGAGGAGGGCUUUGUGCUGAGAGGAGCUCCCACUCUACAGUGCACUGAGUCCGGGCUCUGGAGCCACACUGCCCCCUCCUGCCAAGCUCAACAGUGUGAAGUUCUAACUGCUCCCCUCCACGGCUCCCUUCACUGCUACCACCCACACGAGGAGUUCAGCUUCAACUCCAGCUGUAAUGUGAGCUGUGAGGAGGGGUUCCUGCUCAACGGUACAGCCUCCAUUCAGUGCACCUCCUUGGGAGCAUGGACUGAGCCUCCUCCAUUCUGUCAGGCUCGGCAGUGUCUCCCCCUGGUGGCUCCAGGCAGAGGGCAGAUGAACUGCUCUCACCCUCACUCCCUCUUCAGCUUUGGCUCCAGCUGUGAGCUGGGCUGUGAGGAGGGCUUUGUGCUGAGAGGAGCUCCCACUCUACAGUGCACUGAGUUCGGGCUCUGGAGCCACACUGCCCCCUCCUGCCAAGCUCAACGGUGCAACGUGCUAACUGCUCCUCUCCACGGUUCCCUGCACUGCUCCCACCCACACGAGGAGUUCAGCUUCAACUCCAGCUGUAACGUGAGCUGUGAGGAGGGGUUUCUGCUCAAUGGGACAGCCUCCAUUCAGUGCACCUCCGCGGGGGUGUGGACUGAGCCUCCGCCUCUCUGUCAGGUUGUGCAGUGUCAGGCUCUGGGUGACCUUCUACCCCCAUUCCUCUCCAUGAAGUGCUCCAACCCACUGGGGAUCUUUAGCUUCAGGUCUCAGUGUUUCUUCCACUGUGGGAAUGGUUCCUCACUGAAUGGGACAUCUAAACUGUCCUGCGCCUCCAACGGGACGUGGAAUGCACCGAGGCCCUCAUGUACAGAACCGGAAAUGACAUUUGGGACAGGCUUGCUAAUCUCUGCAGGGGUGGGGUUUGCUUCGGCUGUUUCCCUGCUUCUCCUGGGCGGACUGGUGUUUCUCAUUGCUUCUCACCUUUCCAAGAGAGCUCAUAAAUAUCAUCUGAAAACCAGGGAUUUUGCUGUUUUGGGAGAACUAGAAAACCCUGCAUAUGAGGAAGGUUAGAGUAUCCUAUGACAUACCUUUGUGGUAUAUAUCCAACAGAGAUCCAUAGUAGAAUAUAUGGUUCUUGAGAUUAAGACUAGAGACUCAGACUAAAAUCAAUUGCCAGCUCUUAAGAGGCUAAGACUGAGUGUAGCACAGUGGGUAAGGAACUGGACUUGUAACUGAAAGGUCGCAGGUUCGAUUCCCAAGUAGGACACUGCCGUUGUACCCUUGAGCAAGGUACUUAACCAAAAUUGCUUCAGUAUAUAUUCAGCUGUAUAAAUGGAUACAAUGUAAAAUGCUAUGUAAAAAAGUUGUGUACGUCGCUCUGGAUAAGAGCGUCUGCUAAAUGCCUGUAAUGUAAUGUAAGACAUUUCUAAUUUCCAAUCAAUUUUUCAAUAGUUAUUGUCAUUCAGAAUGUUUUGUAUUUGUAUUUGAUUUUUUUUGUUUUACAUGAGUCAUAGAUGACAUUUCGUUCUGGACUAUGUGUUCAUGGAGGAUACUAAAAACCGUCCUACACUAACAGAAUGAUUGGAGGUAUUGCGUAAGAAAAUUGGGCUUCAAUUUACAGGUGCAAACUGCUUGAUUUUUUUCUGAUGCGAUUUUGAAAAAUACAGAAAUAUCACCUUUUAGGCAGGUGACAGGCACAGAUCAUUUUUUAUCCUUGAGUAAAAUAACUGUGAAGAAGAAUCUGUAAUUAUCUUCGUUGGGGUUGAUAAGGUGAAGAAUAUAUGAUGAUUUUCAGUAAAAUAAAAUGAAUGAAUGGA